AUGUUCGGCCCCUUUCGCAUAUCAAACCCCCUCUCGGGAGGCCUUCUCUGGAAAAUCCCCUGGAGGCUGUCGCGCUUCCAGAAGCGUCGCCAGAGGCUGCGGCUGCGCGCCGUCGACAGCGUCGUCGCCACGCUGGACGCCGCCCUCGCCAGGAAGGGAUACACCCUGGAGGCGCUGGAGCGGUGGAAGGCCGAGAUGCCCACCGAGGCGGACAUGCUGCCCAAGGACAAGUACACCAUGUUUGACCGCAAGGCGAAGCGGUACAGAAAGGGGAUUCACAGACUGCCAAAAUGGACCCGGGUUUCGCAAAGAGUCAACCCUCCUGGAUACUGA